UAAGCCAGUGUCUGAUAAUUGUGAACGAAAAGGAAUUCAAUAUGAAAGAUAUUAUAACUCUGGUGCUGAUCUAUUCAACAGGAAUUGCACUUGCUGACCUAGGAGAUAUUUAUAAUAAUGGCUGUCCAAAGGAUACCAGCAUUAAUAAACUUUUGCCACACGAAAACUGUAAUCAGUAUUAUCAAUGUUUCCACGGAGCACUAAUCACCAGGUACUGUCCAUCUGGGCUUCAUUUUAAUAUAAAACGAGAACGAUGUGAUUGGCACGGAAAUCCAAAAUGCAAAAGCAAAAAGGCUAGGACUGACGGAAGCAAGCUUCCGGACUCUAGCGAAGAACUGGACCCUAGUAAUCCCAACCAUGCAGGAUUAAUUUGCUCUAGCCCUGACUCCAAUGGUGCAUUGGUAGCUCAUGAAAACUGUAAUGAAUUUUAUAAAUGCUCCUUUGGUAAACCAGUGGGUCUUAAAUGUGCUCCAGAUCUUUUAUAUAAUCCUACAAAUGAAAAAUGUGAAUUGUUUCAAAAUGUUGAUUGUAAUGACAGAAUUGUGCCUGUUAAGGAAAAAUAUGUCACGUCAAGAUCAAAACCCAAAAUAACUGCAUCUGCAACUGAAAUUUGUUCGAAUAGUCCCGAUGGCGUGCUGAUUGUACAUACAUUUUGUACCAAAUUCUAUAAGUGUACUGGGGGGAAAGCGAUUGCCAUGAGUUGCCCUAGUCAUUUAAUGUAUAAUCCUGUUAUACAACACUGUGACUGGCCACGAAAUGUAGACUGCACAGACAGAAUGAUCAAUGAAAAUGACGACAGCACUUCAAAAUCCGAUGAGAUUGAUGAGAAUGAAAUUCCUGCUAGUGAUGAAGAAAAUGCAGCAGCGGUUUGCGCAAAUGAAAAUUCUGAAGGGCUUGUAGUUUCUCAUGAAAAGUGUAAUCAUUACUAUAAAUGUAAACGCAAUAUUCCCAUUGAUUUUAACUGUCCAGAUCAUCUGUAUUUCAAUGCAAUCAAGAAAAUUUGUGACUGGCCAGACAACGUUGAAUGUGGUGAAAGAUUUACAUCUGACAAUGAUAUCGACGGCGAUGGUUAUACUCCUCGAGCAGAAUUUGGGCAACAUCAAAGUGAACCUGUAAGUGUACGAGCUGUCUGUUCCGCUGAAGGAUCAGAUGAUACGCUGAUUGCGCAUGAAUAUUGUAAUCAGUUCUAUAAAUGCCGUGACGGACAACCAAUAACGAUGACAUGUCCAGGUAAUCUUUCCUACAACCCAUCAAAGGAAUUUUGUGAUUGGUCAAGUUUCGUUGAUUGUGGUGAGAGGAUGGUUCCUUACGCUCAAAAUGAUAACAAUGGUCCUGUUAAUGGUCCUGUUAGUAAUGCUCUUAAAAAUAACGACCCCAGUGAUCCUACUGACGCACCUGCCAUAUGUGCUUCAGAAAAUUCAGAUGGCAUAUUAAUUGCUCACGAAAAUUGUAACCAAUUUUAUAAGUGCUAUGAAGGUAAACCAAUGGCUUUAUUCUGUCAACUGAAUCUUUUUUACAACCCUAAGAAAGGUUACUGUGACUGGCAACACAAUGUUAACUGUGGCAAUAGAGCAAUUCCCGGAGAAAGUAAUACUAGCGAAGAAGAAAGUAAUUUUAGUGAUUUAUGUGCAGGCAACGAAGGUAAAAUAUUGCCACAUGAAAACUGUAGUCAGUUCUAUAAAUGUAUGAAUGGUCAACUAUUUCCUAUGGAUUGUCCACCAGACUUAUAUUUUAACUCUAUGCUUAAGGUUUGUGAUUGGCCAAUGAACGUUGAUUGUGGACAACGCUUAACAGAGUCACAAGCUCAAAACACACAUGGAAUAAUACGAAGAGCACAUGGUGUCGUAGUACUUAGUUAA